AAUGAGGUCGUGGGGUCACUUGAAUAGUUCCAGAAUCAGUCAACAAUAUCUUGUAAUUUUAUGAAGAUUGCGCAUAAACAUGGGAGGAAUAUCCACCAAAAUAGCGUUUGAAGUGUGUGUGGUAACAGGAGACUACAGUGGCGAUGAAUUAGGUCCUGGAGUUAACAUGGUCAUGUUUGAUCACUGUGGUAAUCAGUCACCGACAAUUACUUUGGAUAAUAUAUUUCAAAAUGAUAUUGACUAUACACAAGCAAAAUUCACCAUUGAUUUACAGGCCUGGAGUCGACUUAAAGUGUUUAAACGACUACACCAUAUCGAAUUUUGGUGUACUACUCAGUCUUAUCCACCACCUGCUUGGUUUUUAGAUAGAGUGAUUAUUAGGGAUAGAAGAUUUGGGAUGACUGCUGAAUGGAAAUAUUUUUUCUUUCCUGUACAUCAGUGGAUUAGUCAAGACCACCAAUAUGUUGUUCAUGACUGUGAGGCCUGGAUUCCUCAAUUGGAACCCUUUCCAGAGUUAAGAGAAGAGGAAGUUAGUAGACGUAUGCAAUUUUUUACUUUAUUCCAACGCUCAAAGGGUUUGCCAGUCGAAUUACAAGAAAUCCCACCUUCGGAGUUGUUCUCAUCAGACUCUCGAUGGGAUAUUGAGCCUUUAGUUCUGGAAGUUAUUGAACGUACUGGUCUGGCUGAAGAAUACACAAGUGAAGAGUCUUGGGAUUCUCUCGACACAUUGGGAAACUUCUAUAAGAAAUAUAAUAUUACUGAACCUGUGAGUUUACAAUUUUGGAUGAUGAAUGAUAUUUGCUUUGGUGCACAACGUAUUCGUGGAUGUAAUCCAUUCACUAUUCAAGUCUGUCGUACAUUACCAAAAAGUUUUGAAAUGGUAGCGAAUUCACUGAAACCUCAUUUAGAAGGUUGGACACUACGUCAAAUGGUAUCAGCUAAUCGUUUGUACUUACUUGAUUUUCAUAUAAUGCAAGGACUUAGUUGUAAACGUGGUCGAGAAUUAUGUGCACCAUUAGCUAUCUUUUUUUAUACUGAAAAGAGACAAUUAAAGCCAAUUGCGAUUCAAUUGAAUCGUAAUUCGAAUGAUGGAAGUGGGAUCAUUCUUCCAACUGAUCCAACUUCAAUAUGGUUACAAGCAAAAUUAUGGGUUAAUCUUGCUGAUGCCUGUCAUCAUAUGAUUGUUGGUCGAUUGUUAACUCAUUUAAUAUUGGAAUCAAUCUAUGUGUCAUUACGACGUAAUGUAUCACAAUCACAUCCAAUAUAUCAUUUAGUUGCACCACAUUUCCGCAGUAUCCUACCUGUAACAAAGAAAUUAAAAGAGUGGACAUUUGAAAAUGGAUGGAUAUCUCGUAAUAUUCAAUUGUCACGUAAAGGAAUUAAACAGUUAUUAAGACGAGCUUUUAAAAAAUGGCGUUUUGAUGUAAAUGCAAAUAUUUAUCGUGAACUAGAGUCAAGAGGAGUAUUUGAUCCAAAUAGUUUAGGUAAUUAUCCAUAUCGUGAAGAUGCUAUACUUGUAUAUCAUGCAUUGGAACAGUUUAUCUCAAGCUACGUUCGUCUAUUUUACCCUGGUGGGACUGAACAAAUCAUACAUGAUAAUGAACUACAGUCUUGGAGACAUGAAAUUGCUAGUCCAAUGGAAGAAGGUGGUUUAGGCUUAGUCGGUGUCCCUGGUAGUACGAUAAAACUUCGUACGAAUUCUGGACCAGAAGAUUAUCUACAAGAUAAUGUUACAGAAGAAAUAUUUGGUUUAAAUACGGUUGAAGAAGUGGCCAAAUUUCUAAUGGGAAUUCUUUAUCUUGGUAUUAUUGUUACUGGUUCAGCGCUUCGAUUGCCAAUGUUUGAUGAGUAUGGCUUUCCAGCACAAUAUCCGUUAAGUCUAUUUGGUUCUCCUCCUUUAGAUAGAACUACAUUUUCCGAUGGUACUUUGAAUGGUGCACAUGGCAGUGUGUUUAGCUUUUCAAAUGUACAAGGUCUUGAUCGUGUAUUGGCUUCACUGCCCAAUCGUCAAAUGACAGUAGAAACUGUUCUCUACACUAGAUUGGCUAGUCGAGUUCAACAAUCUGUUUUAGGUCAAUUUGAAUCGGAUUUCAUAUUUAAAAAGAAAGCAGUUGUUCUGUUAGAUCAAUUUCGUCAUGACUUGGAAGAUGUGGCUAGACAGAUCGAUAUAAAUAACAGUGCUCGUGAUAUGCAUCAUCAGUAUCGAGCUUUAGAUCCUUCACUAAUGCCUAAUUAUCCAGGAAUUUGAUUGAUGAUCAACGAUACAUAUAUAGUUUUUUUUAAAAUAUGUGUACAAAAUAAUUGAAACAUUUUUGUCGAAUGUUAAACAAAUCAGUGCAAAUGAAAUACAUAUCCUUGAUCCCCUCUAUUGUUGUGCAUUCUUUAUCAUGAUUCAUACUAAAUUCUUAUUUAUAAUCACUUACUGUAUUCAUAAUCUGUGGUCACUUCACUAUGAUUUACUCUUAAAAUUGUCUUCCAAUAAUUUUUCUGUUUACUUUAUCUAAUAAUAUUAUUUCUUUUGACGAUCUCUUUUAUUUUAUUUCAUUUGUAUCUAUUUAUUACUUUAUCAAUAAAUACCUAGUCGAGUUUUAUUCAUCAUUAAAACUAUCCUUUAUUAUGAUGUAGCGUAGAAUGUCUGUGAUUAAUAUUGAAAAGUAUUUCUAGUGUGUAUAAUCAAAACUAGUUCAUAUAAAAUUCAUAUCAGUCAAUUACUUAAUAUUCUUUUACAAAGAAAAGCAUUAUUUUGUAUCAUUUACACUUUUAUGUUUAAUGGUGUUUAUACAUAAGUCUAAUGUAGACUAUAUUGUACCUCCUUUGUCUUAUUCAAUUACAUAACAUAUCAAUAUUAUUUUAUUCUAUUAUUCAUUAUUAUCAAACACAUUGUUGUUAUUUUUAAAUGAAUCGUUUUCUCACACUUUUCUCUCCAUUUUCAAUUUCGUGGGGUUCUUUUAUUUAUUACAACGAUUAGUUUAUUGGUAAUAUCCGAUAUCAGUAGUUUUGACAGUUUUAGUUUUGUUGACAUUACCAAAAAAGAGAAUAAUAAUGUCAGAUUGUUUUUUUUAAAAAAGGUGAUUUUAUAAACGCACUUUAGUAAUUUUUUAUAAAUAAUUAUAAUAUAGAAAUUAUUUGCACUCAAUCCUUCACCUUCUUAUUGUUGCUUAUUGAAUGUUUGUUACUUUUUAUCGGCUGAGUGUAUAUAACAAAUAAAUGAUUUAAAAGAAAGUUGAUUGGUUAC